CACGAGUUGAUGCUUGAGUUGAAAGUGAGUGAUCUGACAAAGAACUCAAUUAUUAUCGACUUCGCGAUCACCACCAGUCCCUCCAUCGACGUCUCGGAGAUAAUAUUAGACGCCAUUCUUCAGAAUCAAAAAAAAGAGAAUUUCUGGGAUUCAAAUGCAUUGAGAGAACAGAAACUGAAUGAAAAACAGCUGAAAAUCGCUUUUGAAGAUCUGAAUAAACAUAUCACAGAAUUGGACUCAAAAGACGACAACUUUGAGCCAACCAUUCAGUCGCCGAUCUUUAACGCGAAGGACUCGAAGCGAACAAACUUGAUGCUUGAGUUGAAAGUGAGUGAUCUGACAAAGAACUCAAUUAUUAUCGACUUCGCGAUCACCACCAGUCCCUCCAUCGACGUCUCGGAGAUAAUAUUAGACGCCAUUCUUCAGAACCAAAAAAAAGAGAAUUUCUGGGAUUCAAAUGCUUUGAGAGAACAGAAACUGAAUGAAAAACAGCUGAAAAUCGCUUUUGAAGAUCUGAAUAAACAUAUCACAGAAUUGGACUCAAAAGACGACAACUUCUUAGAGCCAACCAUUCAGUCGCCGAUCUUUAACGCGAAGGACUCGAAGCGAACAAACGUUUUGUUUGAAAAGUUGCUGCGAUUGUGUCCGUCCGGGAAAUACCAAUAUUUGAAAGUUUUGUUUUAUUACGUCCGCAAAGUCAGCAAAACGUUGAAUGAGUGCCGCAAACGAAACAAUUCUCCCAUUUUAGGCUAUACUGACUCAUCGUAUUUCUCGAUCUUACGACAGAGUCCGUCAGCCAUCCUGUGCUCAAUGGUCUUGAAAGACAACGUCUCUCCUAAACUGGUCGACGACUUUGCCCAAGAAAUGAAAGUCGAUUUGAUCGGAACCCUAUCAUCUCUAUUGUGUCCCAAAAUCCCGUCUCAUCUGCAAAACGAUUUCCCAAUAAAUGAGUUCGUUUUGACCGAAUCUUGUCAUCCGGCGCUCUGCGAACUCAUUGAACUCUACUUAAGAGGUGACAAACAGUCCACUCAUGAGUUGAGUUCACUUUUGAUUCAAAACCAUUUUGAAGAAGAAGAUAAUGAGUCAAUGAAUGAGUCGUUUAUUGAGGGAAAGGUGCGAAACCCGGAACUAAUCAAUUAUUUCAAUAAUCGGAGUCCGAUAUUAGUAGAGCUCAUGAAACUGUUGAGACUUCUUAAGGACGACAUCAAAACCAACUCUGACUUUAGAUUUAAACCCAAUUCUCCGCUUUUAAAGUGGAUUGAAAUCAUAAAAAGCAAGUUCGGAUGCGGAUCUCCCUCAGACACCACUGCCGUUAUAUCUCUGGCUCUCUGUCCGCGCAUUACUUGCAGUAAUAGUGUUGUGAUUAAGGCGUUAGAACAUCACGCCAUCAAAGCAGACCUUCUGGAGAUCUAUGAUAUCUUCAAAUACAUUGAAACCAUUAAUACAUCAAAUUCUUCGUUCUCUUCGAGUAGUUCUUCGUUCAAAACGUUACGAAACGCUAUUCUCUCGCGUUUAGCACUCGAACAGCAGGAGUUGAAAUAUCCGCUUCAGAUCAUCGACGACCCCAACACCAAAUGCGAGGUCUUCAUCGAAUUGGUCGAAGAGUCGCAAGAGUUCGACGCCUCAUAUGUAGCCAUAAGAGCUCUCAAAUCCUGUUCGGCCAGUUUGGCCAAUGAGUUGCAGUCGCAGGACAUGACUCCAUUCAAAGCCAAACUGAACGCUAAGAUCAAUGAAAUAGAUUUCUACUCAAAGAUCGGUCAGUUGACUGGUUUGCACUCUUGGAAAGACGCCAAACACAAUCUCAAUGGCAUUGAUAUCCUCACCAUUCUUAAGACUAAACGCAAGUACGCUAUGGCUAUCGAGUGGUUUAACAUACAGGGCUGGGAAGCUGUCACCUCUGACCUCCAGUUUGAGCUUUUAGUGCUCGCUUAUUGCGAACAAAAACAAUUAUCUCAUUUGACACAACUAUUGCUAACAACAGAACAAAUUGAAGUGAAUGUCCUCUCAUUGUUGGGAAAAAACUAUAUGAUUGGAAUUGAACUCAUAAAAGGUCUCAACACUAAAGUACAAAACAAUUACAUUAAUAUAAUCGCCAAACCGAUGCUAAUUGUGGAGCAAAUGCUGAUGAACUUGGAGUACGAGUCCUUGGAAUCGGCCACAAAGACAUUAAAUUUCGAUCAUUUGCUCGAAUCAUAUGCACAAAAGGCUGUAGAAAUUCAGAUAUACGACAUGCCAUCGACUGGUGCUUCCGUCAUAUCAGAUGCGACACUGAUUUCAUCGACAUUUUUGGACAGUAAGACUUCACCGAAAAUGUUUCUGAUGCCAGAGUCUGUUCCAACCAAAGACCAGUGGAUUCCUGACUCUAAUGUCACGCAUUGUAUGCUUUGUAAAUAUGAGAUCUUCUCAAUGUUGAACCGAAGACAUCACUGUAGACGCUGUGGACGAGUAGUUUGUGGCAAUUGUUCCCAAAAUAGUCUACUUAUUCGUGAAAUCAAAAGCAACGCUUUAGUCCGAGUCUGUGAUGAAUGUUAUGUUCAAACGCAGCGAAAUAGUCGAAAGGAAAGCAUAAGCAGUGAGUCUUCAAGUCUGAACAGAUCUAUGGUUUGGGUCUUAACUUCGGAUGAAUUACACAACGACUCGAUUCGUAUGGAAUUCUAUUACGACUCGUCUCCGAGCGUCACAUUAUGUCUCACUUUACUUAGACUCCACUCCGAUAAGAGCCGACUCCACUCCGAUAAGAGCCGGUGUUGUAAAGUGAUUGUAGACAUGAUUUGUCGUCCAUUAAUUGACACGGUGGUGUCCAGUCAAGUAGAUAACGGUUUAGUGAUUGGAAUGAUUCGAUCACUUCUGGUGUCCACCAGAAUAUCAAUCGAAGAGCAAAAACCUGAACUCAAAGAGAAUCUUAACUUUCUAUUGGAUCGGUUGGAUGUGAUCCGGAUGUUGAUUAACUCGAAUUGCAUCACAAAAGAGUUGAUAUCUUAUGCGCUCUCCAGUAAUGACAACGCGAUUCUCAAACUACAGGAAAGACUCGUUAAUAUGGAAAGGUUUGAAUUGAGCCUGGAUUUAGCCACAAAGUUUGGACUCGACUCCAAAUCCAUAUUCAAGACGUGGGCCUUUCAGUGCCUAAAGCGCUCCCAGUUCUCAGAGGCCAGGGAUAAGUUUAGACACGUUUUCGAUAAAAAGACAACUGAAGUGAAUAGAGAUCUCGAGAAUAUUGUGAAUGUUUUGUCGAAACGAAAGUAUUGGUCCAAUAGUUCUGUUCGGGAAAAGUGUUUACAACUAACUAAAGGAAAAUUCAAUCAAAACGAUACCAACGCUUCGGUAUUCUAUACGGAUUCUAAUGAUUUGCAAUCAAAGAAUCCGAAGAUCUUCGCAGAAAUCAUGUAUUAUCUUAAGGAAUACGGAUCUAAUGAGGAGAUAAUUAAAUUCUAUAUAAAACAGUCAAUGUUUAGACACGCGAUCCAACUGUUCCUCAAUUACAGCAAUUCCUAUUCCAACAGCUUUUUUAUGAAAGAAUUAUUCAUGUCUUCCGUCCGAAAGGGGUUUCUCUCAGCAUUUCUCAGGGAAUUAAAGACUUGUGAUCCGAGUCUGAACCGCAUCUGGAGAUACCUGUUGGCCGCCUGUAAGUACUUGAGCUCUAACGACAUGUUCAAUGUGUUACAUGUGGUGCAAGUGUUUAUGGGCGACCACUUGCGGGCAGCCAUUACUCAAAUCAAUUGCUUCUUCUUGAGUCCCCCUGCGGUUGAUUACAUGGAACUGAAUGCACGCAUAGAGUGUCUCCAAACAGCUAAACAACACUGCAAUGACUUUCUUAAUUUGAAUCCCAAUGACUACCGAACCGGUUGUCUCAUUAUGGAAAGGGAGGACGUUAUGAAACAAAUCCGAGCUUUGAAUAUACAAAUUGAUAUCACAAUCAGAUUUAGCGAAAAGAGAAUUAAAGGAUUUUUACUCAAUGAUGUCAUCUCACCCAAUGAUCCGGGAAAGGGAUACAACAGUCCGCCCACUAUUCUCGACCACAAUAAAGCCCGCAAAACAGAGUUAACAGCGUUGACGGCCAUCUCUUACGGAUCACAAAUUGCUGAGGGAUUCAGUAUUUCUCAAAUGAUUAUUAAAGACCAUAACUUGGAUUCAGCACAAGUGUAUCGACUGGCGGGUCGGGCUCUAGUGUUGGCCCCAAAUGUCAAAAUAGAAGUGGUUUCGCAACUAUUAGAGUGCAUUCGCGCCUCAAAUACCGGAGACACCACUCUCUGCGAUGAUGUGAUCGGGGCCUGUAUUCGUAGCGCAUACGACCCGUCAUUAAUUGAUCCGUUGAUUAAACUGCUGUCCAAUGAUGUGAACAAAUUCGACGCCUUUAUCCGUAACGACAAACUAAAAUCAGCCUAUUUUUUGGCCCAUAAGAAGAACAGCAUCACUGAUGUGACCCGAGUUCUGGAGGCGUCUAAACGGCUGAACAACGCGGCUAUGACUACGAUAUGCAACCGAUGGCUCAAAGCCCAGGCCAAGACCAGAGGCCAACACUCGCCAACUGAUGAUUAGUUUGUUAUUAUUAAGUAAUACG